GUCUAGGACCAACACUCGGAAGAGCUGUUGUAGCUGGCUUAUCGAUAGAUGCCAGUUCGAGCUUUUCGGACCCGAUCCGAUCCGCAUCAGUUCGGGACCCGGCCAUUGUACGAGGGAUUGCAUCGUCACUUUUUCAAACAACCAUCAUAACGUAAUCCUCCCCAAGCUGGCUUGGGCUUUGACAGUGUGCUUAAACCUGCUAGGUGAACCACGCCGUAUUGCUCGAAUUUUCCAAAACUUGGUUCUUGUAAUUGCUGUGAGAUAGAUAGAUAAGCACUUGCCAAUUCUACGUACCGGGGUCUCAUCUCAAAAAUGGUGGCCUUGCCAUUAUUCAAGCUUGGAUCUCUUUUUGUACGACACAUAUCAAAAUAUGGCGCGAAUCAAAUCAAGAAGCAAGCUCACGACCACCCGGGCUUCCGCUCGUUUGCUGCGAGAUACGGUCAGAUGAUGCACCAGUUGAACAUGCGUCUUUCAGUUUCUUUAUUACGUAAUGCCGAAGCCGAGACGAAAGCGAAGGAGAAAGCCGAGGCGCCGACCGUUAAGACCAAGGAGGAGACAGAAAGAGAGAACGAGAUUCGUAUCAAGCAUGGUGCUACCAACCGCGAAAUCCGGGCAAGGCGAUCAUUCCCUAUAACGACUAUUUGGAGGAGGAAAUUUCGGCCCCUACCAGAGGCCAAGGCGGUGGAUUUAUUUGCAGAUGUCAUUGGCGACGCGUUCAUUCUCUUGGUAGCCACGGUUCUGAUUCUCUACGAAUACCACCGGUCUGCGCAGAAGCCCGACGCAAACCUCGAAAAGAUCGCAAAGCUGACAGAGCGCUUUGAGGAACUUGAGAGGAGAGAGAAGGAACUGGAGGAGGCAGAGAAACAACAUAGGGAUAGGACAGCGUUGUUAGAAGAUGUGCUGAGGCAGUUGAGUGAUCCCAAAACUAAACAGCCACUGCUACCACCUCCUACCUCAAUACCAUAAUAUACAACCAUGCUAAGUAGAUCAAUUCAUGGUGAGUAGCGUUUAUUGAUGCCAGAGUUGAAUACUCCUUUCAUGUCUCGACGAACAUGUAUAUUGAAACUGUAUAUAGCUUCGGGGUGUCUUGGAUGACUCUAGCGAGUAUUCUAUUAACAUAGACCACCUGGCGUAGCUUACGGCUCGUCUCAAUGUACUUAUUACUUGGUAGUACCAGAGUGACUACCCCCUGUAGAUUCUAGAAAAUAUACUGUACUUGGGUGCAUUCUGAACCCACCAUCUGAG